AUGUGCACUCGUUUUUUCGGUCAGAAACGUGCAUUUUCUAAAUUUCUUCAAAUUUCUUCUCAAGUGAAGGAGGCAUUAGCAAAUGGAGAAGGUGUGGUUGCUCUUGAAAGUACUGUAAUCACUCAUGGAUUGCCGUAUCCACAUAAUUUGAGUACUGCAAAAAGUUUGGAACAGAAAGUCCGAUCUUCUGGCAGUCAUCCAGCUACAAUCGCAUUGUUCGAUGGAAAAAUUCAUGUAGGAUUGGAUGACGAAAAAUUGGAAAAACUUGCAUCAAGCAAGACUGCAGUGAAAGUUUCCACUAGGGAUAUUGCAAAAACUCUAAUUAGGAAAGAAGUCGGUGGAACAACUGUUGCAUCAACCAUGAAAAUCGCACACGCUGCUGGAAUUAGUGUUUUUGCAACUGGUGGAAUUGGUGGUGUCCAUCGAGGAGCUGAUCAAACAUUCGAUAUCUCUGCGGAUCUUCAGGAACUUUCCAAGACUCCUGUCUGUGUAGUGUGCUCCGGCGUAAAAAGUAUUCUAGACAUUCCAAAAACCGUUGAAUACCUGGAAACUCAUUCUGUGAACUGUGCGGUAUACGGAAUACAAAACGAUUUUCCUAGUUUUUUCACUCAAAAAUCGGGAAGCAGAGCGCAGUUCAGUACAGAAAAAUUGGAAGAAGUUGUGCAAUUGUUGAAAACAUCGAAAUCUCUUGGGCUACCAUAUGGUACUAUCUUGGCUUGUCCGAUACCCGAGAAAUAUGCUGCAGAUGGUGAUGUGAUUCAAAAAGCAAUAGAUCAAGCUGUACGAGAAGCCAUAGAACAAAAAAUUGCAUCCCAAAGCGUAACCCCAUUCAUUCUAUCCCGGGUUAACGAACUCACACAAGGAGCUUCUAUGAAAACAAAUAUUGCACUUCUGGAAAACAAUGCGUCAAUUGCGGGAAGAUUAGCUGCCAAACUAGUGGAUAGAAGACCAAUUACAGUCACUCAUUCUCAACCUUCUACAUCUUCUCCAAGAAAACCAAAAGUGGUAUCUAUCGGAGCAGCUAUCGUUGAUUUUGAAGCGAUCACGACCGAGUAUUUGAAGGGGUUCAAGUUCCGCCACAACCUUGAAAUAAAGGAAUGA